UGGCGUUACAAGGUUGUCCGAAACAAAAGCUGUAUGUUUUAUUCAUAACCUAGUCUGUACAUACGGCAUGCAUAUAUAAUAGGAAUAUAAUAGUGUAUAUAAUAGCAAUAGGGAGCACAAGUAAUGGUCAGAAUUAAGUUUUGUAUUUGUUGGGUUUAGUUACACAAGAGCUGCCGGAGGAGAAGUUGGGUUUUGUAGAGGGUUGCAAAUUAAAACGGUAUUUGCAUAGAUAAAAAUGGCACAAAAUGGAUUCGAUCUGAAAGACGUAUCGUUAGAUGUGUGGGAAAGGUGUAUUUUUUGGUUUGCUGUCUCCUAUGUAGUAGCAAAUGUAGGAUGGUUUAUUGGAUUUUCAUGGUUUACCUUGUUCUUCUUGGUGCUCAUUGGGGGAUGUGCGGGCGUCAUUUUGAUUGACCGGCUGCAUCUUGAUUCGAAAGGGAAAGCAGUGCUAAUUACGGGAUGCGAUACCGGAUUUGGUUUCGCCUCGGCUAAGAAGUUGCAUGGAAUGGGAUACACAGUUUUCGCCGGUGUCAUUUCAAGUGACACGGAUGGAGCGAAACAAUUACAGAAGGAAUUCAAAACCCGGAUGUACACUGUGCCCAUGAAUGUGACAUCGGAUGAGGAUGUGACCAAGGCGUUGGAAUAUAUUAAAGAAAACCUUCCUGCAGAUUGCAAUGGUAUCUGGGCUCUGAUCACAAACGCAGGGUGGUCGACUUUCGGAGAGGUUGAAAUGGUACCUUUGGAUGUUUACCAAAAAAUCAUGGACAUCAAUUUAUUUGGUUCAAUCCGAGUCAUAAGGGCUGCUUUGCCCCUUAUUCGAAGAGCAAAGGGACGUGUCAUCACCGUGAGCAGUAUGAUGGGUCGGUUCGGAGCCCCCUCACGGUCACCGUACGCCUGCACGAAAUGGGCGGUCCAAGGUUUAUCGGAAUGUCUUCGAGCGGAAAUGAAACGAUGGGGCGUACACGUGGCUAUAAUCGAGCCAGGAAAUUUCAUUGCUGGGACUGCUUUAUAUGCUGGGGAUGCAAUUACGAAGCAGGCAGAUCAUAUUUGGAGUAAUCUCAGUGAGAGUGUGAAAGAAGAUUAUGGGAAGGAAGAGUUUGAUGCGGCCAUUAAGAAGAUGAUUGGUUACACUUCUGGAGGAGUUUGCGAUAUUGAACCGGUCUUGAAAGCUUACUGCGAUUCGGUUUCACACACCGUUCCUCAAACUCGUUAUCAAGUUAUGACCAUCGACGAGAAGGUCAAGUGUUUCAUGUCAACACAUGCACCUUCAAUUUUAUACGACGCAAUCUAUAAUUAAGUCACAAUGGGCAACAUGUAAUCAUUUCAUUAUGUAAAGCUUUUUUGCGUAAACAAACAAACGUGUACGUGUUCAAAUUCACGCUAAUCCAAAGUUGAAGUACAGUAAAAAAAAUAAUUCUGAACAUUACGGCUUAAAUUGGCAUACACAAUUUCAAAUGUAACGCUUUUACAGUAUUACAUUUGCAUGUCAAAGUAAAAAUGGACUGGAUUAAACUGAAACUUUGUAUGAUGUCGUUACGAAUA